GCUUUGAAAAAUCACAUUAUUAACUACUCCACCAACCUCUCACCUGUGAGACUCUCAGUACAGUACAUGCGUAUAUCAUCAUCUUGAUGAUCUCUCCCUAACCAAUUUGUAACGCCCAACAACCAAACCCUUUGCUUAUCAUGAUAUUCCCAGAAUUAAGUCAAGCGUAUACUGCAUAAGACCUGCAAAUCAUAAGCUAAAAUGUCCACAUACAAGCUAGCAGUGAUCAUAAAAAACCCUUCAAACGAAGACGAGUUUCUCGUAAUCAAGCAAGCUAGGCCUCUUAAAUUUGGGAUUCAAGAGUAUGAUUCUUACAUUGAUUCUGAUCUCUGGGAUUUUCCUUCUGUUACGUUGAAUUUCUUGCAAGCUCACUCUGAUAUUCAACUCCAAGGUGCUGAAUUCUGUUCUCAUAAGCUUGAUUUGACCAAAUUUGACCUGCGUUUGGCUUUAGAUCAGGUGUCAGAACAGGUAGGAAUUGAGAGGUUGGUUGAAGGGCGUUGGACAUUCUGGAAAUACGUGGAAGAGCCUGAAUUUGGACCAGGACGUCCAAUUCAUACGGUUUUCAUCACUGGGAACUAUGCACUUGCUAAUAAAACUCAUGAUGUGGCAUGCCAGUGGAUGUCUUGGCCUAAAUGCUCCAAAUGGCUCUCUGAUGUGACACAAGAUAGUUACCGUAUCGGUCCUCUGGUGGUUAAUGGCUUUCUUCAAGACUCUGAAUACUCUAAGUGGGAUGUCCCGCAUAAUUUGCGUUAUCAGGAAUAUCCUUUGGGUCUUAUGAUUUUACCAAUGGGAAGUAGAACUGGGAAGCCAUUCUCCACUACCAACUUGGUCGUCGUUGCUCCAAAGAUUGUAGCCAAUGGUGAAAGUGAUAACGAUUUUGUUGUUCAUGGAGAUGCACUGAUAGUGGAUCCAGGCUGCAGUUCUCGGUUCCAUCAGGAGCUUGCGGAGAUUAUUGCGGCUUUACCGAGAAAGUUGGUGGUGUUUGUUACGCAUCACCAUCCUGAUCAUGUGGAUGGUUUGUCCGUUAUUCAGAAAACCAAUCCUGAUGCAAUACUCUUGGCUCAUGAAAACACAAUGCAUCGUAUUGGUAAAGAUGACUGGUCUCUUGGGUACACAUCAGUUGUAGGUGGGGAGAAAAUCUCUGUUGGGGGCCAGCGGCUUCAAGUCAUAUUUGCUCCGGGCCACACGGAUGGUCAUAUGGCAUUGCUCCACAUUAAUACUCAUGCACUGAUUGUUGGUGAUCAUUGUGUUGGGCAAGGUAGUGCAGUCCUGGAUGUUUUUUCUGGUGGAAAUAUGGCAGAUUACUUUCGUACGACAUACCAGUUCCUGGAGCUAUCCCCAUAUACUCUAAUUCCUAUGCACGGUAGAGUCAAUAUGUGGCCAAAACACAUGCUUUGUCAAUAUCUCAAGAAUCGAAGAGAUAGAGAAUCUUCAAUCUUGAAGGCCAUAGAAAAUGGUGGGACCACAUUAUUUGACUUAGUUUCCGCAAUUUAUAAAGAAGUUGAUCGUGGCCUGUGGUUUGUUGCUGCAUCAAAUGUGAGGCUCCAUGUUGAGCAUCUAGCUGAAAUGCACAAAUUACCUGAGGGCAUGUCUUUGAAAAGAUUUCAUGGAACUUGUGGUUUACAUUUCGCAGUCAAUUGGGUCUGGGCAUACACAAACAAUUGGAUAUUAUCAAAGAUUAUGAGGAUUAGAAGGCCUAUUGCAGUGGUAAUUAUAGUUUGUUUUGCUGCAUAUAUUAAGCAAAAAUCAUACACAAAUAAUCUUUAGAAGAAUUGGCAAGGUUGAACAACUGUAAUAUUUCUGAUCUUCCAUUUGUAGUUGUUACCUGGUGACUUCUAGGCUUCUAGCCCUACCUCGCUAUUAUUCAAUCCUUUUUGCAAGAUAUAAGACAUCCGUCUUAACAAUAAACAGGUGGUUUGAAUAAGGUUCAAUUUGUGUUCA